CGGAGGAUGCUCCCGGUAACGCGGAGCCCGCGGCCGCCACCAUGCCCGACUCUCCGGCCGAUGUGAAGACGCAGGCUCGCUCCACGCCGCCCAGCAUGCCACCGCCGCCGCCAGCUGUCACCCAGGGCGCCACCCGCCACCCCUCCUUCACGCCCAGCAGCAAUCGAGACGCUGGCCCUCCGACGUUUCUGCCUCGCGGCCGUUUUCAUGGUUGCUUGAAAUGGUCGAUGGUCUGUCUUUUGAUGAACGGGAGCAGCCACUCACCGACCGCCAUCAAUGGGGCUCCGUCCACCCCCAACGGCUUCAGCAACGGCCCGGCCACCUCCUCCAGCGCCUCCCUGUCCACCCACCAGCUCCCUCCAGCCUGUGGGGCCCGCCAGCUCUCCAAGCUCAAGCGCUUCCUCACCACCCUGCAGCAGUUUGGGAACGACAUCUCCCCCGAGAUCGGGGAGCGGGUGCGCACCCUCGUCCUGGGGCUCGUGAACUCCACCCUCACCAUCGAGGAGUUUCACGCCAAGCUCCAAGAGGCCACCAACUUCCCGCUGCGACCCUUCGUCAUCCCCUUCCUCAAGGCCAACCUGCCGCUGCUGCAGCGGGAGCUGCUGCACUGCGCCCGCAUGGCCAAGCAGACCCCGGCCCAGUACCUGGCCCAGCACGAGCAGCUGCUGCUGGACGCCAACGCCUCCUCUCCCAUCGACUCCUCCGAGCUGCUCCUGGAGGUGGCCGAGAGCGGCAAGAGGAGGACGCCAGACAGGACCAAAGAGAACGGUUUGGACCGAGACCCCCUGCACCCCGAGCACCUCAGCAAGCGGCCGUGCACCAUGAGCCCAGCGCAGCGGUACAGCCCCAGCAACGGGCUGAGCCACCCCCCGAACGGGCUGGGGCACCCCCCCGCCGGCCCCCCCCUGCCCCAGCACUACCGCCUGGAGGACAUGGCCAUGGCACACCACUACCGGGACUCCUACCGGCACCCCGACCCCCGGGAGCUCCGCGAGCGCCAGCGCCCCGCGGCCGUGCACGGGACGCGGCAGGAGGAGGUGAUCGACCACCGGCUCACGGACCGGGAGUGGGCGGAGGAGUGGAAACACCUCAAUAAUCUGCUGAACUGCAUCAUGGACAUGGUGGAGAAGACGCGGCGCUCGCUGACGGUGCUGCGGCGGUGCCAGGAGGCCGAUCGCGAGGAGCUCAACCACUGGAUCCGGCGCUACAGCGACGCCGAGGACAUGAAGAAAGGCAGCCCGCCCUCCGCACGGCCCCACAACUCCUCCUCGGCCGAGGCUCCCCAGUUAGACGCUCACCGGGACUUCGCCCCGCGGCCGCUCUCCGGGUACAUGCCCGAGGAGAUCUGGAGGAAAGCUGAAGAAGCUGUGAACGAGGUGAAGCGGCAGGCCAUGUCCGAGCUGCAGAAGGCUGUGUCGGAUGCCGAGAGGAAAGCCCACGAGCUGAUCACGACCGAGCGCGCCAAGAUGGAGCGGGCGCUGGCCGAGGCCAAGCGCCAGGCGUCCGAGGAUGCCCUCACCGUCAUCAAUCAGCAGGAGGACUCCAGCGAGAGCUGCUGGAACUGCGGGCGCAAGGCGAGCGAGACGUGCAGCGGCUGCAACACGGCGCGCUACUGCGGCUCCUUCUGCCAGCACAAGGAUUGGGAGAAGCACCACCACGUCUGCGGGCAGACUCUGCAGGGGCUGCCGGGCCCCGCCGCCCCCGGGCCGGGCCAGCCCGAGGCCGUGCCCGCCGUGGCCAGCAGCCCCAGCGAGGGUUCUUCUUCUGAGGUCUCAGUGCAUCCCCCCCCAGGAGGUUUCUCUGCACCCCAAGACCUUGGUGCAUCCUCCUGGGAAGGUUCUGUGCACCCCGAGGUCUUGGUGCAUCCCCCCAGGGGAUUCCUGUGCACCCCAAGGUCUUGGCCCAACCCCGGGGACGUUUCUGUGCCCCCCAAGAUCUCAGUGCACCCCCUGGGUGGUUUCUGGGAGCUUUGCCGGGUGCCCCUCCCGUGA